AACUAAAAAUAAUUAUUUGAUAGCAAUAUUUUUUUCUGAAAUUCUAGAAAGAAGAAAAUUGUAAUAGGUUAUAUGACAAUAAUUUACCUUCUAAAUCUUAAACAAAAUUGUAAAAGAGUAUUUAAUAUUAUUUUUUAUUUUUAAUUGUAAAUAAAAUGAAGAUUAUAAAAUAUAAUGUUUUCUUUUUUAAAAAAAACUAGCAAAAUAAAAAUUUAAAGACUUAUUUAAUAAAACAUUAAAUUACUGCAUAAGAACAUGUAUAAUGUUGUCAUUGAUUCGAUUUGUGUAUUUAACUUUCAUUUCUUUUUACUUUUCAUUUCUUAUUUCGGAUUGUGUUCAGUUUAAAUGUUUAUGUAUAGUAGUUUCUCUAAUCAUUAGUAUAAAGUUUAUAACAACUCAUCUAUGCACCAUAAUUAUAAAAUACAAAUAUUAACUUGAACUUAUGUGUGAAAACGGUUUUUAAUUAUAAAAUAAAUCUCAAACAACAUAUGCAAAAAAUAAUCAUAAUACUAUAAUAAAAUGAUUUAUUAUUUUAUGGUUUUAAUUAAAUUAAAACAUCAAACAAAACUCGUUGCAACACAACGUGCUCAUAUCUUGUAUCAAAUAAUUUUGGACCAUUUUCAAUUUGAUUUAUUAUUUAUUAUUUUUUUUAUAUAAAUAUAUAGAUUUAUAAAAAAAAUUGGGCUCCUAUACUAUUAUUACACGGGGGACACGACCAUACAAUAAAAAAUAUCUUGAAUGGCGUUGACCCGUAGCGGUGUAUCCGUAACGCUCAUGUAAACGCCAUACUAAAAGCUUAUUACCUUCACAUUAAGGGCGUUUACGGAACGCGGUUUCCUGCGUUUCCGCCGCUGGUUUUCAAUUUUACCGCGGAGGAUCAACCGUUGUUUUUGCAGACACCGAGACUUGCCACGGAAGUAAAGAUGAUUAAGUUUGGGGAAACGGUUGAAAUUGUUCUUCAAGGGACGAAUUUAGGUGGUGGUGGAAUCGAUCAUCCCAUGCAUUUGCAUGGUUUUAGCUUCUAUAUCGUUGGUUUUGGGUUUGGUAACUAUAACGUAACGAAAGAUCCGUCGACGAAGUAUAAUCUCAAAGAUCCUCCGUAUAGAAAUACGGCGACUGUGCCAAGAAGCGGUUGGGUCGCUAUCAGAUUCACAGCUAACAAUCCUGGGGUUUGGUUCAUGCAUUGUCACUUUGAUAGACAUCUCACGUGGGGUAUGAACGUUGUCUUCAUUGUCAAGAACGGCAGAGGAAUAAACCAGCAGAUGCUGCCUCCACCGCCUGACUUGCCGCCUUGUUACUAAUAAUUCAAUUGUUACCAAUUUGAGUGUAAUGAAAGUCACUGUAACUGAUGUAAUAAACUAAAUUUACCAAAGAUAUAAUUCUAAAAUUUUGUGUUAUAAAA